AUGCAACAACAAGAUGAUAUGGAACCCUUCGCUUCCGAACGUAAAGAAAAACUCCUCUCUGAAUCACUCUACGAUGUCGAACAAUGGGCAAAUGAAUUAAUUGAUCCGAAUACUCAAAAACGAUUGACUCCGAGAACUUUCUUCUUGGAUCUUUCCAUAGAGGAAGGUACUGCAAUUUAUCAUACAUUUCAGCAGUUUGUUCUUCAUCAUCGGAAUAAAUUUACUUCCACUGAUGAGAAGGCUAUGAAAAAUUUGGAAGGAAGAAUUGCUGAUUUUCUGAAGGAACAUUUUGAUGGAAAGAGAGUGUUUUGUAGAUUGUCAACGAGAAGUCCGAAAGAUGCUAGUUUGUUCGAAGGUUCUCAUUCGUAUGAGGUAACUAAGGAAAUUAUGAGAAAGCAAUGGAUUAGGAAUUUUUAUUUGAAUAGAAGGAAAACAAUGAAAGAGGAUCAAUCCUUUGUUUAUACGAAUGAGGUUGAAGAUUUUGAAAAUUAUGUAAAGAAUGAAAUGAAAUACUAUGAGGAGUAUUUGAUUUUUAUGAAAGCAUCUCAACAAUCUCUAUCAGUUUCGAAUGAAAAGGAAGUUUUGGAUGUAUUAACUCAUUCUGAGAGAGUACUCAGAGAUUUGGUGAGAGCAUUGGAUUUUCCAUCAGUGUACAAUAUGAAGUUAAUUUUUAGAGAGUGGUGUCCAGAGCUGUCUUACGAAUAUGAAUUUAGAGGAUUUAUUCACGAUUUUGAAUUGAUGGGUUUAACACAAUACGAUAAUUCAUUCAAAAUUGAUGAUUUGAUUAAUAAUAAGGAUGAAAUUGCUCAAUCAAUAUUGAAUUACUACAAUACCACUGUUAAGCCAUUAUUAAUAUCCAAAUCCAAUGACCCCAAUUCUGCAAUUUCAAAGUGGAAUGGAAGAGUGAUUAUGGAUUUUGCCAUUCUACAACCAAGAGGUUACAUCAACUCAACCAAAAAAAUGGGUAACCAACAAACAGCACAACUCAAGUCAAGAGCAUUGUCUUCCAAUAAGAUUCUCCUUGUUGCAAAGGGAAUUUAUGCGAUUGAUGUACCAGAAAUUACAAACAAGCAAAUGUUGCUUGCCUUGAAGGAAGGUGCACCAAAAUUAAUCAAGUUACAAAUUCACUUGAGGGAUCAAGUUCAACAUCCACAAUUUACCUUCCCAUUGUCUAAUGAUUUAUCAUUCUCUUUCAAUGAUUAUCACUUAUUCUUGCCAAACUUGGAAAAUUUGGCUUCAUUGAGUAUUGUUGCUACUCUCGAAGUUCCUCUCUCACAAGAAGAACAACAAUCCUCUCUCACUAGUGUCUUGAGUAUUAUUGGAGCUGCAUCGGAUGUGAAUCAAGUUCAUUUGGGAGAGUGCAUUCUCGAUUUGAGAACUAUUAGAAAACGUGAUGUUUACAAUAGUGUCACACUUUCAUUGAUUAGAAAUAACAAGGUUGCUGGUAAAAUUGAUGUACAAAUUGUUAAACCAGGUUUGAAAAUUGAUAUUUUGGAAUUACAAAAUUCAAUUGUUUCCUAUGAACACAUGAAUGGAGUUACAAUUAAUGAAACUAAUUUAUUCUUCAAGGCAUUUGAUAGAUUUGUUGAACAAACUUCAGAUGUUCAAGAAUGUAGAAAAGCCAAAAUGAAAGUUGAAUUAUCUGCCCAACAAUGGAUCAAUUUUCAUAGUGAAGAACGUAUCUCAGUUGUUUCUAUUGACACAUGUCACACCAAGAGCAGUUCUGGAUAUGAAAUGUACUCAUGCAAUGUUUGGUACAAGUACAGAUAUGAAUUCCUUCAAGAAACUCAUCAAUUAGAACAAGAAAAGGAAGCAAGACUCUUAAAGGAAGCUGAAGAAGCCAAAAAGAAAUUGAAGCCAGAAGAAGUUGAAGAUGAUUUAACUGAUUCAGAGGCAUCUGUUGAUGAUUCACCAACCAAGACCACAACUGAGACAACAACAACAACUAAUACCACUGAACAAGCUGAUACUGCCACAACCAGUACUACAGAAACACAAGAAGAAAAGAAGGAAUAA